AUGUAUGAAAUUCCUUGGUUGUUGGAUAACUUCGUUGAUCAAAAUUAUACAGCUCUUACUGCCAUUGGACAGCUUUGGCUAGAAAUUGGACGAGAUAUUGCUGAUAGUUUGAUUAUACCUUUCAAUCUACACGAUUACGCUUUGGCAUUAGCUGACUUUAUCUCAAGGAUGGAACAACAACUGGAAAAUAUUGGAAUUGCCAAAGUUAUCGGCAUAAAAGCAUACCAUUUAAUAUUCCACAAUCUACGAAAAGCAUUAUACCAAUUUCAAACACAAGCAAACUUAUUACAAGAAAUCAUUCAGUCAGUCAAUACAGGUCAAGAAUCUGUCAGUAUCAAACAAGCGGAAAUGCUAAAUAAUCGACUGCAGUAUAUUGAACGAGCAUUUGUAGCUGAACAAGGAAUUUACCCGGAAAGGAGCGAAUUCCGACAUUUAAUUUUCAGUAGUAAUAGAAUUUACAAUGAUUAUGGAAAUUCACUAUUUGGAGGAAUUGUAGAUCCGGCAUUUCAAUGGCAACAUAUGUUAAGCAGAGGUAAUAAAAGUAAGGCAGAUUACUGGCUGAAAAUAGUGAAAAUAGGUCUUACUAAAUUACAGUAUGCUAUAGAAUCCGCAACUCUGAUAAUAGACUUUGACGGAUUUUAUGACUAA